AUGCUCGAGUUCUAUACUAACAUCAAUUCGGGAUUGAUGCCGGAGAGUAUUCAGCCGCCGCUUUCAUGUGCCGGGAGGACAGAGCUAAGUGCGAGCAUCAAGAGGGAGAAGAUCGUCGAAAUAUGCGAGGGUUGCGGCCAGAAGAUCCAGGAUCGCUAUCUGAUGAGGGUCGGUGACCUCUCCUGGCACGAACAAUGUCUCAGCUGCUGCGUAUGCGGUUGCCCUCUGGCUCACACCUGCUACACAAGAAAUGCUAAGCUCUAUUGCAAGCCCGACUACGAUAGAUUGUUUGGCGUCAAAUGCACCCGUUGCGGCGACAGACUGCUACCCCAGGAGAUGGUCAUGCGAGCGCAGCAAUACGUGUUCCACAUACAAUGCUUCGUGUGUGUCAUGUGCUGCCAGCCGCUACAGAAGGGGGAACAAUACGUUAUAAGGGCUGGCCAAAUAUUCUGUCGGCAAGAUUUUGAAAAAGAGAUGUAUUUGAUGCAACACGCAGAAGACGACAUGAUCAUAGAUGAUUCGGAACGGCCGCGUGAUGGUAGACGUGGGCCGAAGCGACCACGCACUAUCCUCACGUCAGCUCAAAGGAGACAGUUCAAAGCUUCUUUCGAAGUCAGCCCGAAACCGUGUCGUAAAGUGCGCGAGGCUCUUGCCAAGGAUACAGGUUUAAGCGUUCGAGUUGUCCAAGUCUGGUUCCAGAAUCAAAGAGCUAAGAUGAAAAAGAUUCAACGUAAAGCUAAACAGGAGGGAGAUAAGAACGCUGACAAAGAGAAAGACAAGGAUGAGAAGAGCAUUAAACAAGAAUCGCCUUCGAGUGAGCACGGGAACUAUCUUGGCUUAGAUAACUCGUAUUCGGCCUCAAGUCAGCCACUUAACCCGAAUCUGCCUUAUUCUCCUGAUGAUUAUCCAACACACUCUGGCGACAGCUUCUGCAGUUCGGAUAUAUCUCUCGACGGCAGCAACUUUGAUCACCUGGAUGAAGGCGCUUCUGAUACGAUGAGCUUACAGAACUUGGAAGUCCCUCACCACGCUCAUCAGCUUGGCAACCACUCCUCACACGAGCCAUUGAACCUCGGCACGGGCGCAGUAGUCAACCCGAUAGACAAGCUGUAUCUUAUGCAGAAUUCAUACUUCAGUACGGACCACUGA